AUGGCUCCAGAUGAAGAGAAGGAGAAGGAACGCAUCAUGUCGCUGUCGCAGCUCCAAAACUUCAUGAAGCGAGAUCCAGAAGCCUAUGGUCCGGAGUUUGAUCAGCAAUGGUCUCACUUCGACAGCCAGAUGGAGAUGUUCAAAUUGAAACCUCAGAAGCCAUCCAGUUCGUUCAGUGAACAGGUGAUGUUCUUGGCACACGUGGCGCCGAGCUUCCCUGACAAGGCCAAAGCACUGCCUGAUUUGCUCAUAGGGGCGCUCAGCGACCACUUCGAGGUCAUGCAUAGCUCAAUGCGAACCACCUUGGUGCAGGCAUUGAUCCUGCUGCGCAACAGAGAUCAGUUUCCAUGUUCCAAGACUUUGCCGGUCUACUUCAAGCUCUUUCGUUCUCAGGACAAAGCAUUGAGAAAGUCCAUCUUCAACCACAUCGUGCGAGAUAUUGCACACAUGAACCAGAAAAAGAGGAACCAGAAAGUCAACUAUGAGCUUCGAGACUUCUUCUUUGCCCAAAUGAAGGAGACAGGCACUGAGAUUUGCCGACAUGCUUGCGCUGUGUUCAUCACCAUGUACCGGCAAAAUGUUUGGUCAGAUGCCCAUGUGGUGAAUCUUAUGAGUUCCGGCUUGCUUCAUCCAGAUCUCAAAGUUGCAGCAGCAUUGGCUCAUCUCUUUCUGGGCAACAAGACUAAGGGCUUGGAAGGAAUCUUGGAUGAAAGCGACGAUGAAGAUGAAGCUGAUAACAUCAACGAGGCUGUGACUGGAAUCGUUGGUGCUAAGAAGACUGGAAAUCGUGUGAGGAAGCUGAAGAGAGCCAAGAAAGCCGCAAAGAAAGCCGCCAAAAAGGGCAAAAACAAUACCAACGUUGUGAGCUUUGUUGCCAUUGACUUGCUGAAUGAUCCACAGACCUUGUCCGAGAGGUUGCUGCAAAGAAUGAGUAAGGGUGGCGAACCCUUCCUCUUCCGUUUGCUCAUGCUUCACUUGGUGGCAAGGCUGAUUGGUCGCCACCAAUUGCAAGUUCUGAAUCUCUAUCCGUUCUUGCAGAAGUACCUUGUGCCCACACAGAAGGAAGUGACAAAGGUGAUGGCCGCGUUGGUUGAGGCCUCACACCCUGCAGUACCACCUGAAGAAGUGAGGCCAGUCGUCCUUCACAUUGUGAGAUACUUUGUGACGGAGGCGCAGUCUUCGGAGGUCAUUGAAAUAGGUCUAAAUACCAUUCGGGAGGUGUGCGCAAGGUCCAUCAACAUUCUGACUGAAGAAGAGUUGGCGGACCUCUGUAGCUUUCGCAAGCAUAAAAGCAAAGGCGUCAUGAUGGCAGUGCGCAGCCUGAUCAACACGUAUCGAGAGCUUCACCCGCAACUGCUGCACCGAUCGCUGCGAGGUCGCGAGGCCACGGUGGCGGUCAGCCGCGGCGAGGUGCAAGCCCCUCAGUUUGGUGAGAUGCAGGCUUCAGAAAAGAUUGAGGGCCUCGACCUCCUAGCAAAGAAAAGCAAGGUAGAAGGUGACGAGGUAGAUUUGAUGACAGAGAAAGUCCUCAGCCCCGAUGACUUCAAAAAACUGCGGAAGCUCCGGCUGCAGAAGUCCAUUGAACUCCAAAUGGGAAGGAAGCGUCCUGCUGAGGAGAUGAGCUCUUCCUCCAGCUCCGGCAGUGACUCAGAUGAGGAGGACGAGCGCGGACUGACAGGGCGUCUACCAGACCAAGUCUCUGCAGACAUGCUCAGCGCAACACCAAAGCGUGCGCGCACCAAAGCCGAGCGUUUGGCCAGAGCCCGACCCUUGGACAAGCGCUUGGUGCACCAAUCUGGGUUGCGUGCACCAAGUCACAACCAAAAGGCUUGA